CUACGUCGACUAUAAAAGACUUCGUCAAAACCUGCCGCGCGCUAUUACAACAGUGCCUCUGUGAUUUUUCCCGCCGUCACUUAUUUUUUAAUUCAACAAAUAUAAAGAUGCAGGCGUGGUUGGUGGUGGCGUGUGCGGCGGUGCUCGCCGCGCUUGCGAGCGCGCAGAAGCCCGGCCGCUUCCUAUCCCUGCCCAACCCACAGAAAUGUGCAAACCGACCAAAGGAGUUCUUCUACCGCGGGCACCACUACUUCUUCAGCGGACACGUGCCUGCACUCGCCAAUAGGAAGGUGGACUGGCUCGACGGCCGUAACAUCUGCCGCGAGUACUGCAUGGACCUCGUCUCCAUGGAGACACAGGAGGAAAAUAAUCUAAUCUUCAAACUAAUCCAGCAGAACGACGUACCCUACAUCUGGACAUCAGGUCGUCUCUGCGACUUCAAGGGUUGUGAGAACCGCAAAGACCUGGAACCGAAGAACAUCCUCGGGUGGUUCUGGUCUGCCAACCGCGAAAAGAUCUCGCCCACCAACCAGAUCCCCAACGGCUGGGGCUACAACCCGUGGUCUCAAACCGGCCACAAGAAGCAGCGUCAGCCCGACAACGCGGAGUUCGACAUCAACGGAACUGCGGAGUCCUGCCUCAGCGUGCUCAACAACGUGUACAACGACGGGAUCGCGUGGCACGACGUCGCCUGCUACCACGAGAAACCUGUCGUCUGCGAGGACUCAGAGGAACUCCUCAACUAUGUAGCCAGCACCAACCCCGGCCUCCGUCUGUGAUCAGCCCUAGUGUAAUGCACAACUUCACAUUGACAGCUAAUUACCAAUUCUCUUUAGUCGUACAAAACUUUACCCUCUGUACUAUGGUCGACAAGGGUCUUGUUGCACUUAGAUAAUUGCCUGGAGAACAUCUCCGUACAUUAUUUAUAACAACUGUCAUAAAUUAUGUUUUGAUGGGGCGUUAGUUCCAAUUAUGGUCACGUUCUAAGGUCCUUGUCGAUUUACAAUUUAUAUGAUCAUCAACCUUCACAUUAUUCACAGUAUUUAUUAACGCACGCACUCUCCGAACUCGCCAUAACCCCAACUGUCGGGACUCCUCUCGCAUCGCACUGCCCUUAAUCCGUCGUACAAGCUUUGUACAGAAUAGUUUUAAGACUUAUAUAAGUUAGGAUAUCGCCUAAGGGAAGAAUUUAUAUUUGUAUGUAAAUAAAACUAAACAUUAUAA